AUGCGAGUUCCUCCUUUGGCAGUGGCGUCCAAGAUGAACUCGAAUGAGAUUGCCAACAAUGCUUCCUCCAACAACAGUACCACUAUUCCUGGAUAUAUAAAUCCCAAGCUGCUUCAUCUGGUUCAAAAAGCACUUCAGGCUCUGCCAAAUAAUACCAAUGCCGAUAAUAAUAAAUCCAGCAAGUACCUGAGCUCUACGGAAACAUUGGAGGUGGUGGUGGAUGCACUCCGACUUCAAAAUGCAGAGUAUCAACGGAAAAACAAGGAGAAAGUGACCAAGCAAGUGCAGACGGUUCUUCAGUUCCUGGCAUCCCAGCAAAAACAGCAAGAAGAAGAAGUGGUGUCGGCGGACGAAGCACAAGCUCGCCAACACGAUGCCCAGAGAGCUGCAACGAGUGCGAUACCUACCAAGUCCUUGAAUUCCUCACUGCAAAAAGGAUACCGGCAACAAGUCUCUGCAGGUACCGAUGGAAGCGAAAAAGAAGACACGACAACCAUGACAUCACCGAGUCGAAAACGAAAAUUAUCGGAUCGACGAAAAUCCAGCACCAGUCAAAAGUCGGGAUCCACCAAACGUCGAAAUUCGGUUGGUACAUCCAAUGACGAUUUUAUGGACGACCAGGACGAAUCUCCUCUCUGGAGACCCCUUGCUCGUCCCACGGAACGCUAUCGCAGUUUGGGUGGCAUGAGCCGCACCAUUCAACAAAUCAAAGAAUUGGUCGAAUAUCCCCUGGUGCGUCCCGAAGUCUACCGUCAUUUAGGUGUCACACCACCGCGGGGAAUCCUGUUGCGCGGACCACCGGGAACGGGAAAGACUCAUUUGGCCAAUGCCAUUGCCGGUGAACUGGGUGCUAUCGGUGCUAGUUAUUUUCGCGUCAGUGCCCCCGAAUUGGUGGCGGGCAUGUCGGGAGAAUCGGAACGACGCAUUCGAGAUUUGUUCCAGGCAGCUGCCGCAGCGGCACCCAGUAUUGUCUUUUUGGACGAAUUGGAUGCCAUUGCUCCCAAACGCAACAAUGAUUCCGGACGAGGGAUGGAAAAGCGCAUGGUGGCACAGUUGCUGACCAGUAUGGAUACAUCGCUCACCGAUGCCUCGGUGAUUGUCUUGGGCGCCACCAAUCGACCGGAUGCACUCGAUAGUGCGCUUCGACGGGCCGGACGAUUCGAUCAAGAAAUUGAAUUGGGUGUCCCCAACGAAGCGGCGCGAUGUGCCAUUCUCAAAACCAUGACGAGUGGAAUGAGAUUGUCGGGAGAUUUUGAUUUUACUCUACUCGCCAAGAAAACACCGGGUUUUGUCGGAGCCGAUAUUCGGAGUUUGACCAAAGAAGCAGCCGUAGUGGCCGUCAAUCGAAUCUUUUCCAACGUCCUUGUCGUGAAUGACAGUAACAACAACAAUAGUUCCUCUGAAAGUAAAAAGGGAACAACAGACGACAACAACAGUACGGAAGAUGAGAUUCGGAAGCUACCGCCUCUGACUCCGGAGCAAUUGGAUCCCUUGUACGUGACAAUGGACGACUUUUUAGAAGCCGUUCCACGAGUACAACCGUCUGGAAAGAGAGAAGGAUUUGCUGUCGUGCCCGAUAUCACCUGGGACGAUAUUGGAGCCAUGGACGAAAUUCGACAAGAAAUCACAAUGAGCGUCCUCGAACCCAUUCGGAAUCCCGAAAAAUUCAAAAUGCUCGGCCUCUCCUUGCCAGCUGGAGUUCUCUUGUACGGACCCCCGGGUUGUGGAAAAACGCUGCUGGCCAAGGCUGUUGCCAACGAAAGUGGAGCCAACUUUAUCAGCGUCAAGGGACCCGAAUUGCUGGACAAGUAUGUGGGUGAAAGUGAACGAGCCGUGAGACUCGUCUUUGAACGUGCCAGAAGUUCUAGUCCAUGCAUUGUCUUUUUUGAUGAGUUGGAUUCGCUAUGUCCCAAGCGGGGAAGUUCCGGAGAAGGAGGUAGUGGUGUUAGUGAACGUGUCGUCAAUCAGCUGCUUACGGAAAUGGAUGGUCUAGAAAGCAGGCGCAGUGUUUUUGUGAUUGCUGCCACAAACAGACCAGAACUGAUUGACCCUGCGAUGAUGAGGCCUGGACGACUCGACAAACUGCUCUACGUUCCCUUGCCAUCCGUUGAUGACAGGGUUUCUAUAUUGACGGCUCUCUCCGCAAAAGUCAAAUUUGGUCCAGAUGUUGUGCUGGAUACCAUUGGACGAAGCGAAAAGGCAAAUGGCUACAGUGGAGCUGACUGUGCGGCCCUGCUGCGCGAGGCUGGUUUGGCCGUGCUGAAAGAAGAUUUGGAUAGGAAGGAAAAGCGAGAGGGCGUAGAUCUUUGCAUCGAGGCGCGGCACUUCGAUUACGCCUUUGACCAUGUCAUGCCUUCGGUAUCUAAGAAAGAUCAAGCCCGUUACGACCGAAUACGACAUCGCAUGGCCCGAGCACGAACUCGAGGAACGGCCUCUGAUCUUAGCGAAGGAACGGAGCAAACUGGACCGACCAUCAGCACCUAG